CUCUUCCUCCGGCAGCUCCAUCCCGCCUCCCGCGCCUCGUCCUCCUGCCGCCCCCGCCGCCGCGCCCCCGGGUGGCUGCCUCGGCGGACCCGGGAGGGGGUCCGUCCGUAGCCCGCUCGGCUCGGCCCGGCCCGGGGGGCGUGCAUGCCCCUGCGGCCCGCGGCGCUCACCAGCAGCAUGCUCUAUUUCCAGAUGGUGAUCAUGGCAGGGACGGUGAUGCUGGCGUACUACUUCGAGUACACGGACACGUUCACCGUGAACGUGCAGGGCUUCUUCUGCCACGACAGCGCCUACCGCAAGCCCUACCCGGGCCCGGAGGACAGCAGCGCCGUGCCCCCCGUACUCCUCUACUCUCUGGCCGCCGGGGUCCCCGUGCUCGUGAUAAUAGUUGGAGAAACUGCUGUGUUUUGCCUACAACUGGCCACAAGGGAUUUUGAAAACCAGGAGAAAACUAUUUUAACUGGAGACUGUUGCUAUAUAAAUCCACUGGUGAGGAGAACUGUACGAUUUCUUGGAAUUUAUACAUUUGGACUGUUUGCAACAGAUAUCUUUGUAAAUGCUGGACAAGUUGUCACAGGAAACCUGGCUCCCCAUUUUCUUGCCCUGUGUAAACCCAACUACACGGCACUUGGGUGUCAGCAAUAUACACAGUUCAUCAGUGGGGAAGAAGCCUGCACAGGCAACCCAGAUCUCAUCAUGAGAGCAAGGAAGACUUUUCCAUCCAAAGAAGCGGCUCUCAGUGUCUAUGCAGCUAUGUAUCUGACAAUGUACAUUACCAACACAAUCAAAGCCAAAGGAACAAGACUUGCUAAGCCCGUUUUAUGCCUAGGCUUAAUGUGUUUGGCCUUUCUUACUGGACUCAACAGAGUUGCAGAAUAUCGAAAUCAUUGGUCUGAUGUGAUAGCAGGCUUUCUGGUUGGAAUAUCUAUAGCAGUAUUUCUUGUUGUAUGUGUGGUAAAUAAUUUCAAAGGAAGACAACCAGAAAAUGAGCAUAUACACACGGAUAACCUGGCACAGCUGCCAAUGAUAAGCAUUCCUCGAGUAGAAAGUCCUUUGGAAAAGGUAACAUCUGUACAGAACCACAUCACUGCCUUCGCAGAAGUCACAUGAUAUUGAAGCAAAUGGUCUCUCACUGCAUUGGACAUCAUCCCUUUUCACCAUCCAUUCGUAACACCCAAAGUGUGUUUGAUGACAAAAAAGGUUUAUAAAGUUGUAUAAUCAUUUUUAUAAUUUAAAAACCAGUGUCACCUUAUCUGUUUCCCCCACUAGACUGUGAGCUCCUCAAGGGCAGGACUGUGUCUUUCUUCUCUGUCUCCCCUAAACCUACAACAAAGCCUCACACAGAGUAGGUAGGUGUUCAAUAAAAAAGUGAUGACCAAUGAAUAAAAAUUAAUUCUGAAAUAAAACAUUCAUUUUAAUUUCUCACAGAAUCACUGAGAUUAAGUGAAAAGAAACCUCUAUACGAGUCAUAUUUGUGUGAGACGUCCCUCCACUUUGAGCUAGUUAAGCUUUUUAAUUUAUCAUGUAUCUUCUAUUUGGCAGCAUACCAUAUUUCAUUCGAAGUGGACUUUGAAAGUCAUGGGGGUUUUUAUUUCAUUAUUCAGCAUGACCUUAUUUCCAUUCUAACAGAUUUCAGUGUGUGAAAUUACUUUACUUUUAGAAAGUAUGUUCUAUACUAAAAUAAUGUUUGCACAUAAUAUAAUGCUAUAUUUCACUUAAAAUACCAUUCAUACUAUAAAUUCUAAGACUGGUGCUUCUGCUUUUGAAGGUGAAAAUGCCAAUUUUUACUGUAAUAAGUAAUGUAUCAUAAUUAAAAAUUAUUUAUUUGGAUUUUUGUUCCUGACAAUCGUGAUUUAAUUGUUGACUUGUAGUUUUUGAAUGCAGGCAGUGUUUAGGAUAGUCUAAGUGACUGAAUCCAGCAAUCGUACCUAUGUAGUGAACAAUUGUCCACAGAUAACCAUCUCAAGAGUGGUCAAAGGCUCCAUUCUUUGGCUAGUCCAAGUUUCCACAUAAUUUAAAUAGAAAAGAAUCACCCCCAGACAAUGCAGAUUAAAUUAUAUAAAUGCAAGAAAUAUAGUCAAUGUAUUUUGCUUUGCAUAUUUGUAGUAGUUUACAGUUUACAAAGUAUACUGUACUUUGUUACUUCAUCUAAUCCUCACAAUGAAAAAAAGUGAAAGUUGCUCAGUCGUGUCCAACUCUUUGUAAUCCCAAAUCCUCACAAUAGCCCCAGGUAAACCGUUAAGAGUUUGGCUUUAGUGUUACAGAUGAGAAAAAUAAAGACAAGGCAGGGUCAAUAACGUGCCCAACUCCACACAACUAGCAUGAGGCAGUUAAAGUUUAAAUUCAGAUUUAUCAUUCUUCGUAAAUAUGCCACAGCUGCCAUAUCAUAUGGACACAUCGAGGCCUUUCAGUGGUCAGUGGAGUCCUGGGCAACCACCUAUAUGUCAAAAAAUGAAAAAAUGUCAAAAUAAAGUUAUAAAAGUCAUGUAUUAGUGGUAUUAGUGUUUUAAGGAUAAACACUUUUCAAAAUACAAUAUACUAAUCAAUUUAUAAUCUUAUUUAAAAAUAAUGUCAAGAAUCUAGAUGUGAGGUCUUUGUAAAGUCAAAACCUCAAUCAGCUGUCUCUCCUGCAACCCUCCCACCCAUGCCCUAACCCCACCCCUUGGGAGAGGCCCUGAGGGGCAUCCCUUACACUGAACACGUGGAAUCAAGAACGAAAGUUAUAACAUAAGGAAAAUAAAUUGGACUAUGACAAAACCAUUCAACAUAUUCCUCAACAAUAACUGUGAUUUUCAAAGCUACACAGAGUAGCUUUGUCUUAUGUGAGUAAUUGAUUGAAAAGAUUCUUCUUAACCUUGACAAAACUAAAGGACAUAAAUUUUUAAGUUUUUAUGCAAUUUUAACAGAAAUCAAAAAGUAAAUAUAACCGAAGACUUCUCCAUUACCCUCAAAAUAGACAUAACUUACUCUUUUCAUCACUGUAGGAUUUAAACUACUUAAAGCAGGACCAGAAAAGCAGAAAACUCCUAUUUCUACCUUUCAGACUUCUCUAGCAAGUUCAGUUCUGGAGGAAAUUUAGAAUACUAAAAAGCUUGGAAAGCCUUGACACUCUUUAAAGAUUUUUUUUAAGGCAGUAACAGUGGUGGAGGAUUCACUUACUGGAAAUAAAAGUGGAGGAAAUAAUCAUAAUAUUUUAGGAGGCAGGAUUACCAGUAACACUUAAAGAGGUCUGUUUUCUCAGUUCUAGCAUCAGUCUUCAAGGAAUCAGUCACAAUUUUCUUGUUGGAAGCCAUAUAUAUAUAUAUAUAUAUAUAUAUAUAUAUAUAUAUAUAUUUGUACCUUGCUAAACCUGGUCUGAAUUCAGGAGUUAAAAAUUCCUCAGAAAUCCAGAUUUAAACCUGUAAUGUCAUCUGUAAAUAUAAAUGUCAUGGACCCAAGAUUGUGUAAUGAAUGAUCUGGCCAUGAAGGAAAUUCAGAAGAAUAAAAAGAUACACAUGCCUAGGGCAAGAAGUCAGCAAAGAGCCCUUAACCAUGAUGCUGUUACUGAGAAUAAUGAAAACACAUUAAAAAAAUACUCAUUUGUAAAUAUGUAUAUAUAUAGUCUAGUAAAAGCAGACAAACACAUAUCUUUCUGAUAAAGACAUCUUUUUAUUCUACUUACUUGGGGCCCAGGUCAGUAUAAAUUGGUCAACCUGAAAAUUUCAGUAGUCUCUGUUUGCAUGGCAGAAAUUCUGCACAUGUUUUAUCUGAUUCCUAAGAGUAUCUAAAAGGAUCUUUUAUGUUAAAAGAGAGGUGAACCUUCUUUGACAGACUUUGUCUAUUCCACUUCUAACUGGGCCUCUCUUUUCUCAGGAUCUAUCCUAGCCAAAUAUCUCAGUUACAUUUACCAUACAGUUUCCUUUGUGAAAGAGCAGUAGGGGAAGAAAUAGUUCUCUGCUGUGAGUUGUAUUUUUCAAAUAAAAUAUUAAAAAUAAUUAAAAACAUUAA